AUGGCGGCCGGCGUGGCCACCUGGCUGCCCUUCGCCCGCGCGGCCGCCGUGGGCUGGCUGCCCUUGGCCAAGAAGCCGAUACCCCAACCGCCCCGCGUCGAGCGCCCCCGGGGCGACGAGAUCCUGGUGGUGAACGUGAGCGGGCGGCGGUUCCAGACCUGGCAGAACACGCUGGAGCGCUACCCGGACACGCUGCUCGGCAGCUCGGAGAAGCAGUUCUUCUACAGCGAGGAGAGCCGGGAGUACUUCUUCGACCGCGACCCGGAGAUCUUCCGCCACGUCCUGAACUUCUACCGCACCGGCCACCUGCACUACCCCCGGCACGAGUGCAUCCAGGCCUUCGACGAGGAGCUGAGCUUCUACGGCAUCGUCCCGGAGCUGAUCGGCGACUGCUGCCUGGAGGAAUACCGCGACCGCAAGAAGGAGAACGCCGAGCGGCUGGCCGAGGACGGAGAAGCGGAGAGCGCCAGCGACCUUCUCCUGCCGCCGGGCAGCACCGUGCGGCAGCGGCUGUGGCGGGCCUUCGAGAACCCGCACACCAGCACGGUGGCCCUGGUCUUCUACUACGUCACCGGCUUCUUCAUCGCCGUCUCGGUGAUCGCCAACGUGGUGGAGACCAUCCCCUGCCAGCCGCCGCCCGGCCGGAGUCGCCCGCAGCCCUGCGGCGACCGCUUCCCCGUGGCCUUCUCCUGCAUGGACACGGCCUGCGUGCUCAUCUUCACCGGCGAGUACCUGCUCCGGCUCUUCGCCGCCCCCAGCCGCUGCCGGUUCCUGCGCAGCGUCAUGAGCAUCAUCGACGUGGUGGCCAUCCUGCCCUACUACAUCGGGCUGCUGAUGCCGGAGAACCAGGACGUGAGCGGGGCCUUUGUCACCCUGCGGGUCUUCCGGGUCUUCCGCAUCUUCAAGUUCUCCCGCCACUCGCAGGGGCUGCGGAUCCUGGGCUACACCCUCAAGAGCUGCGCCUCGGAGCUCGGCUUUCUCCUCUUCUCCCUCACCAUGGCCAUCAUCAUCUUCGCCACCGUCAUGUUCUACGCCGAGAAAGGGACCCGCAGCACCAACUUCACCAGCAUCCCGGCCGCCUUCUGGUACACCAUCGUCACCAUGACCACGCUGGGGUACGGGGACAUGGUUCCCAGCACGAUCGCCGGAAAGAUCUUCGGCUCCAUCUGCUCGCUGAGCGGGGUGCUGGUCAUCGCGCUGCCGGUGCCCGUCAUCGUCUCCAACUUCAGCCGCAUCUACCACCAGAACCAGCGGGCGGACAAACGCCGGGCGCAGCAGAAGGUUCGCCUGGCACGGAUCCGGCUGGCUAAGAGCACCACGACCAACGCCUUCCUGCAGUACAAGCGGAACGGGGGCCUCGAGGACCUGGGCAGCGCCGCUCAUGCCCUGGCUGUGAGGAAUCGUUCGACCUUCGAGCUGCAGCACCAUCACCUGCUGCGCUGCCUGGAGAAGACCACGAGCCACGACUUCAUGGACGAGCGCUCGUGCAGCGAGGCCGGCCUGGGGGGCUCGGUGGGCGGCCGGACCAGCCGCAGCACCUCUGUCUCCUCCCAGCAGGGCGGGGCCACCUCCUGCUGCCCCCGCCGGGGCCCCCCGCGCCGCGCCCUGCGCCCGGCCCCCUCCAGCGCCUCCGUCCGCCGCGCCAGCGCCCAGGAGCUCCGCCCGCUGCACGGUCACAAGGGGCCCGCCGCCCCCCAGAGCCGCUCCAGCUUGAACGCCAAGGCCCAUGAGAACAUGACGCUGGACUACGAUGGGGUGGACCUGGCAGCUGCUCUCACCAGCAUCCCCACGCCCCCCGCCAACACCCCCGAGAGCCGUCCCCCCUCACCCUGCACCCUGUCCAACUCCAGCCUGCCUGCCCCCUACCUGCCCCACCGCAUGGUCAAGAUCUCCUCCUUGUAAGGGCAGAGCAUGGAGCGGCUGUGUGUGUGGGGGGGACUCCUGGGUUCCACAUACCUAGGGGCAUUGUCUUCCACAAACGCUGGGGUGCCAGCUGCCUAAGGGCCUGGAUUGCCCCAGAUGCCUGGGUCCCCCUGCUUUGGUGCAUGUCCUCACCUGGCUGCCUUGCUCCCAGGGACAUCGUCUUCCACAAACACUGGGGUGGUGGCAUCUGCCUGAGGGUCUGGAUUUGUCCCGGACACCUGAGUUCCACAGGACCAUGGCCUAGCCCGGACACCUAGUUCCCCCCUCUCUCAGCCCCCCACUCCCCGCUUAGGCGCAUGACUUCGCCCGGAUGCCUGGGGUCCCGCCGCUGUAGCAACACAGUCUUCCCCAAACACUGAGGUGCCACCCACCGAGGGACACGGCCUUGCCCGGACACCCAGGUCCUGUCCCCCAGCCCAUUCCCCUCUAACACCCCCUCAGCUCCCUGUUCGAAUCAAAGCCAUAUCUCGGGGACAGCUAUGCAAGAUGGGCAAACAGGACUACUUCUAGGGCCGGCCCUAGGGGGGCGGAAGGUUAAGGCACCUGGCUAAAGCCUUCCCCCCCAACCCCAUGCCCCCACCCCAGGGGAAUUUGGUCAAGAAACCUCGUUAACCCAAAGCCCUUGUAUGUCCUGUGCUGGGAGGUGAGUGGGGUCCAUAUAGCCCAAUGCCCACCCCCCAACCCGCACUGCACUAGAUCAGAACCAAGGACCUGUGGGGCCGGACUCCUAGGUUCCUUCCCCGCUGCCUUGGACCUGUCCCAAUGGACCCAUCUACUCCCCACAGCUCCCAAGGGGGCCACACCCAGAUCUCACUGCAGUCCCCCCCCGUUCCCCGAAAUCCCAGCCCCUGGACGAUGCAUGUGUCUCUUCCACCACCGGCGGUCACUGUCCAUGCCUGGAUGCAUCUCCCAUCUAGACUCAGUGGGAAGGCGCCUGUGUGGGGGAGCAGAAAGAGGGGUACCAGACCCCCCCAAUUCCACCUCCCCGCCCUCCUUCCUGGGACCUUGCCUAGGCACAAAGAUCGACGGGGAGCGGACGCCAAAUCCAAGGAUACGCGCUGCUAAUCCUUUGUCCGGAUUCCGGCCACCUCGCGAUCCGCCUCAUGGGUGCCGUUCUAGGCAUUCGGGGGUGGGCUGGACACCUGGGUUCUCAGUUUGGGGAAGGCAGUGGGGUCUAGUGAGUGGAGCGGAGGGCCUAGGAGCCAGGACUCCUGCUUUCUCUCCCCAGCUCUGGGAGGGGAGUGGGGGUCUCAGACCCCCACCCUCGCCAGCAGCCUGUAGGUCUGUUGUGCCCCUGAUAAGAGUGGCAGUGGUAUUCCUCCCCCUGCCCCCCAGCAGUAACAGCUGGGGCCGGGGGGGGUCCCGACCAAUGCAUGCGCCCUCUAGCAUGGCAAGUGGGAGGACAGGCAGCCCCGAGGAAUGGCCAGCAGGGGGUGCUAGAGGAGACACUGAAGCCACAGGAACUGGGGCGGGGGUAGGUGCCCCCUAGCCCCACCACCGGCUCUGGGGGAGCAGGCACCUCAUUGGUUGUAUAGCACAAUGCCCAAUUCCUUGCAUGGCCACAGGGGGGUGACAUGGAAUCUGCUGCACAGCCCCCCCCGCCAUACAAAGCAAUAUACCCCGUCCCCGAGAGGGCAUCCCUAUGGGGGGUGCCUCGGCUGGGAGGGGGGGGUAACCCACCCUACACCUCCCCCUUCAAUUUACCUCCAAGUCUACAUGAAGAUGAAUGGAAAAGUUAGAGUGGGGGCGGCUGGGAGCCAGGACUCCUGGGUUCUGUCCCCAGCUCUGGGAGGGGAGUGGGUACUAAUGGUUAGUGGGGAGGGUGGGGAGGCUGGGAGCCAGGACUCCUGGGUCCUCUCCCUGACUCAGUGUAUGACUGAUCAAAUCACUUCAACUCAGGUUCCCCUUUGUGUCCACAGGGGGAGAAUAAAAGUGACCAGAUUUGGGGCAGGGAGCGUGGCAGUUUAACCCCUUCGAGGCCAGAGGCGCGUUUGAAGCACCUUGCAUAUGGGGCGCAGUGGGGGGAGUAGGACAGAGGCUGGGAGGGGGCAGAGAAGCUGGGGGUUGAGGGGCUGCCCUGAGCCCGGAGCGGCGCCACUGUCGUUGGAGCAAAUACAAUGAGACGUGUUGAAAC